UUACCAAAAACAAAAUUUCCCUUUAUUAAAACAUCAUGAUUUUCCUCGACUUUGUCAAAAUUUUGUGGUUGCAUCACAGGUCCCAAAAAAUUUACACAAUUAUUUUGCUUUUCACAAAAUAAAAAGUACCAUGUCCUACAGAAGUUUCUUUGGAUUUGUCUCCAUGCCUUCCGUGCGUGCUCAGGAAGAAGCUGAAGAGGAGGAAUUAGUUGAUCCUCAAACAACCUUAAGAGAGAAAUGCGCUAAGGACGGACACAUUGAGGCUCUGUACAACAAAUACCAGGCAUGCAAUGACCGUGUCAAUAGCCGCUCCAAAACUGCCGAAACAUGCUCCGAAGAGCUAUUCGAUUACAUUGGUGAAUUAGAUCACUGUGUAUCGCAUAGCUUGUGGAAGAAACUUAAGUAAAAAAAAAAAAAAUAAUAAUAAAUUGACAAAAUCCUAACCUGUAGAGAACACCAAAUUAUUCAAGUAAAGAUCUUGCUUCAGAAAGAAUACAUAAA